CCGAGGCUUAAAAUAAUUUCAAGAAACGAACAUGCAAGUCGACGAAUGCAAAUUGCUUUUAAAACUCAAAACCGCAAUUAAUUAUGUCCUUGUUUUUUUUGAUAAUCAUUGCUUUUAAGAAAAUGAGUCAGACGAUAAAUUUCACACAUCUGGCAUGCUUGCGAGUCAAUGAUUGACAUUUUCCAGUUCCUGUUAUGAUUAGUGUGUCCAUUAAAUGAAGUUCAAAACGUCAUCUUAUAUAUUUGUUAUUAUUUUUUCUCUCCUCCCGUUGUUGCUAUUAAUUUGAAAAAUUAAUUUAUUACUCAUUUGUUUCUUGAAAAUGUGAAUCAAAUUCAUUGGAUAAUCUUUUCAUGAAUUUGUUUUAUAAUUUUUAUUUGCUGCAUUAAAGGUACUGAUUGCAAAUGUAUGACAGAAGAAGAUUCUUUCCCACAUUGUUUUUGAUAUUACUACCUAACACAUUGUUUGAAAUUGUUGGUGCUGCUGUUUCAGUUUGUAGUGAUGUUCAUGAAACUUGUAAAUGCCAUGACUCAUAUGAAAGAUAUAACUUGACAAAUGGACAAACAGUUUGCUUUAAAGAGUUUGAUGCUAAAACAUGGGAUGAAGCUAAUAUAGUUUGUGCCAAAGAACACUCAUAUCUUUUACAUUCACUGUCUAAUAUUUCAUCAACUUUGUUUACAACACUUGCAAAUCAGAAUGAGAACAAUGUGUAUUGGCUUGGAAUUAAAAGACAAGAAGGAUUUUAUGUUGUGCAUGAUUUUGCACCAAGCUUAUUUAAAGAAUCAAACAGGUGGGGAGCAAGAUGGAAAUAUGAUGAACCUCAGCAUGAUUGUGUUGCUCUUGACAUAUCGCGGGGACAUUUGCUUACAUAUGAUUGUUCUAUGGCAUUGCCAUUUAUAUGCUUAAACAAUCUAUUUCCAUCUCAACCAUUAAAAAGUUUAGUAUGUCCUGAAGAUUAUUUAUUCAGCUAUCAAUUACCAUUCCACAUAAAUAAUUGUGUUCGUUACUUUGAAGCUGCUUCCUAUAAUAAAGCUCAGCAGUUAUGUGAGGCAGAUAAUGGCUCUUUAGCAUCCUUAGAAGUUUAUCAAGUUUUCAUUAACAAUGAAAGCGAUUGGAAUUUCGAAGAUUUCUGGUUAGAGAAUGGAACGGCAAUUUGUGUUAAUCAGAAUGAUACCUGUGAUACAAUUGAACAUCCUUUCAUCUGUGUUCAAGGAACCAAGCAUACUGAUGCUGUUGCUCUCAUACAUCCUGACAUUCCAGAAUCAUUCCCUAGCAGCGAUGUGGAUAAUAGCAUUUUGACCUGCGAUGUUGUCAUUAGUGGUAGAAAUAUCACUGAUAAAGAAAAUCUUGUUUCUUACCAAUGGUACAAAAAUGGAUUGCCAAUCAACAUACAGAAACGUAUGAUAGAUUUGCGGUACUAUGCUGAUUUGAUAAAAACAAGUUCUUCCCCGAUCAUUCGACAAGGUGUUUAUCACUGUGAGAUAAAACUUCUUGGCUCUUCCGAUAUAGUUAAAUCAGAAGUCACUAAUUAUUUCUACUCAGAUGUUUCGACUUAUGUUAUGACUGUGUAUGGCAUGAAAGCUGAAAAAUAUAGGGACUAUUCUCAAUUAGAUUUCAUAACAACAAAAGCUACAUUUAAGAAAUUUAUGACAUCUGUAACUGCAGACAUAAAAAAGAAAUUACCCAAUUUUUUUUGGGAAUUCCAUAAUAUUAGUUUGGUUCACAAUUUGAUGGAAAUAAAAUUUAUACUGUAUGUGAAUCGAAGCAUUGCUUUAUCUGAAAAUUCAUUAAGUGAGAAGGACAUUUAUGACUCGUUGAUUUCAUCUAGAGAUAGAAUAAAACAUUCCACGAAAGAAUGGAAAGAUGUUUCUCUUACAAUCAAGAAUGCAGAUUUUUGUUUUGAAGAAAAUGUUAUGAGUGCAGAGACAGGUUAUGGGAAGGUUUUGAAAUGGAAAGGAACCGUUCAAACCAAGCAUGCAGUGUCUGAGCCAUUAUGUUUGAAUGACUGGAAACUGCAAACUCGAGUGUGCAGACCUAGCCUUACCAUAGGAGCUGAUUGGUUACCUUUCAAUUAUUCCACCUGCACAAAAUUUCAACAUUCAAUUGAAGAUGUAGAAAUCAGUUGCUCUGGUGAUUUUAAAACUUCAAAUCAAGGAAUGUGUUAUAAAUUGCAUCAUAGUUUGCAAUCUUGGGAUGAAGCUUUGGAAGCCUGCAGUAAUGUUUCAAGUUAUUUAAUUGAUUUUAAUACCUUCAGAGAGAUUGCUUCAGCAUCUUCAUUAGAAUCAUUUCAAUAUUGGCUUCCUGUAAAAAUUUAUCCUAACGAAACUUUAUUUGUGGGUAUGAAUUCUGAAAAUAAAUGGUAACUCUUAUUUUUUUCACUUUUUUGUUG